CAACCGGUACACAAAUCCGGGGAAACAUCCGGAGAAGACGUUCUGGUCGCUCGAACGUGGAAUAACUGCAGGACUUGUUAACUCACAAGGAUUACUGGACAAUAUUAAAAAAACAAAUAAAAAAAACAUGUCGACGUCGUCCCUUCCCAUCUUAGAUGACGGCGAUCCCCGACUUAAACUGAAGGUGGAAAACAGAAAAAGAAACAUUUUUGUAACACAGUUGGAAGACAACAGACACAGAAAGGAGGAAAAUGUCAACCACCUCCCCGUUGUGACGGAGACUUCCAGCAGAGUUCUUGAGGCUGGAGUGAACACUUUGCAAAAGACCCUGAUUCUGAAGAAACAGUUUGAGUUGGACAAUGUGAACCAGCAACUCGCACGCAAGCAACAAGAGUUUAAGAACCGCAUGGAGGCUCUCGCUCGGAGAAGGUCUGAAUUGGAACUAAAACAACAGGAGACUGCAGAGAUGGCGAUGAAGUUUGAGAAGUUUGUGGCUGAUAAUGAAUUGAAGCGGCGCCGAGCGCUGAGCGAGUAUGAGGCUGCACUCGAGCUGAACAUUUCUAAACAGAGAGAGAUCGAAGAUCUGACGGAUCAGCUGAAACAACUCAGAGCCAGAAAGCGGGUUUUAAAGCGGAGACUGUCAAAAUACAAAAUCUAUGAGGACUACUUGAUCAAAACAGUUGAUCAUUUCCCCAGCACUUACCCUGACAAUGGGUCGGAAUCUUUGGUCAUGCCCAUCAUUCGGCGCCACGAGACCCUGUCCAUCACCCACCGGGACCUGCUGCAGCGCUUGGGGCGCCUGGAGGAGGAGGUGGAGCAGAGCCAGCGACAACUGCUGGCCAUGACGCAGGAGCACAGUAUUAAAACAUUGAUGGCCAAUAAGGAACUGUCUGAACAGCGGACCGAGUUAGAAAACCUCAAAGAGAAGAACAAGCAGGCAGAAGUUAACCUGCUGAUGGAGCAAGGCCUGUCCAGACAGAAGGUUGAAGAAGAGGGUCGCAUGCUUAUGGCGAUCAACAAUCUCGCAGAGCAGUGUUAUAUAUCAGCAUACGGACCUCUGACCAACAUGAGCAUACUGACAAUGAUGGACAUGGUCAAGGAGUACAUCCUGGACAAGGCAGACACGGAGAGGCGAGCAAGGAGACUGAUGGAGUCGGGGUCGGCCGCGAUGAAUAGAACAGCUGCGAAAGACAAAAGAGAGAGGGGGUCAAUGAAGGGCUUCGGCAGUAAAACACAAAUUAAAAGUUCAAGUAAAGUCAGCAGAAAGAGUGAGACAAUGAGUUGAUGUGGAAAGUUAACAACUCACCACAGUGUCACUGCCCGAUGUAAGUUUGUUGUGAGUGUGAGAAUUACUUUUUGACCUUGGAAGCAGUAGUUUGACAAGAAAAACUACAAGCUGGCAAUCAUGUGCACCAGGUCCACUGAUGAAGAACGGGAUGCAUGGAAAUUAAAACUCUGGAAAAUGCAAGUAAGCAAAACUAGUGCCAAGAUCCCUUUGUCACCAUCUGAAAGUGGUUUAAAUAAUGAGUAAUAAGUUAAAGGUUCUCCACAUCAUGCAGAACCAAAUCCUUCCACCUUCUUCAAUUUAUGUUGCGCAUUUGUAAGCUUUGACAUAUUAAACUUUUAGACAUAA